CCUUCCUCGCCUCGUUCAGUCCACAUCAGUGACCAGAUUCCUUCAGUGUAUUUAGCACAGCUGGACAAUGCUGCCCGCAACUUUCAAACUGUGCGCCGGCAUCUCCUACAAGCACAUGAGGAACAUGACAGGCCUCAGGAGGAACGCUAUGAUGGCCAUUCACCACGAGCUGAGUAAGCUCUCUGAACCCGGCCCCAGCAUGUGGGUCCAACACAUCCGCCGUAGGAGCUCGCUGCUCAGCAGCAGGAUUCAGGAGGAGACGCUGAGCGAAUCUGAGCAGUGUUAUGUCCAGCAGGGUCAGCUGGCCCUACAGAAGUCCGUCAGCAUCCUGAGCGACCAGGACGGCUGGCAGACCGAGAUCGAGACAUCCACAGGGGAUAAAGUGCUGAGUAAGGUUCUGCCAGACGUUGGGAAGGUGUUUAAGCUGGAGGUCACUCUGGACCAGCAGUCUGAAGACCUGUACGAAGAGCUGGUGGACAGAAUGGAGCAGAUGGGGGAGUGGAACCCCAACGUCAAACAAGUGAAGAUUCUACAGAAGAUCGGUCAGGACACCAUGGUCACUCACGAGACGGCGGCGGAGACUCCGGGGAACGUGGUGGGUCCGCGGGACUUUGUGAGCGUCCGCUGUGUCAAACGGAGAGGCUCUGCCUGCUUCCUGGCCGGGAUGUCCACCCAGCACCCCAGCAUGCCUGAACAGAAGGGGUUUGUGAGGGCGGAGAACGGCCCCACCUGUAUCGUGUUGAAGCCGAGCACAGACGAUCCGAACAAGACAAAAUUCACCUGGUUGCUCAGUUUAGACCUGAAGGGUUGGAUCCCUAAGACAGUCAUAAACAGGGUGCUCUCUCAGACGCAGGUGGAUUUCGCUAAUCAUCUCCGACACAGAAUGGCCUCCAGCAGCGGCAUGGAGACGGCAAUGGCCUGUUGACACCAAACACACAACGUUCAGAGUCUCACAUUCACCCCACAGCCAAUGGCAGUUUCCUAUCAGACACACAAACUCCACCCACUUGUUGCAGUCAAUUCCUUUCUCAAAAGCAUUAUAGUUAAACGAUGUCAUGGCCUCUAUGCUAGUCUAGUUAGCAGGGCUGCACAAUAUAGACAAAAUACCAUACUGGGAUAUAUGCUAAUUGUUAUGAAAAUGGCAAAUUGCAUUGAUAUAGUGCACAUUAUGGACAAAAUGUGAUAUUACAAUGUUAAUUGUUUUUAAAAUCCCAAAUUGUGAUUAUUUACUGCAUGACAUGAACAGAAUAUCAUACUGCAAUAAAAUUGUGAUGAAAAUACCAUAUUGCAAUGUAAACGUUAUUAAAAUACCACAUUGAGAUUACAUGCUGCAUGAUAUGGAUAAAAUAUCAUACUUUGGUAUAAUUGCAAGUAAAAUAUCAUAUUUUCAUUUUAUAGCUGCAUAUAUUGUCAUACGCUGUACAAUAUUCCAGAGUACAUUAGUAGAGUCUUGAUGUCACAUGGUAAAAAAAAUUGGCUUUUAUUAUUUUAAACCAAAAUUAUUUGUGUGCUGGAUUAAGGGAAUGCAUGAUUCAUCAAAACUCCCACAGAAACAGCUGUGGUUGGUCAGGAUGCUCACAGGAGUGAUUGGACAAAGGAGUGAUUGGACAAAGGUCAAUAUUGUAGACUUUUACAGUAUCAAUAUAAUAUCAUGAUAACAAUUAGCCAACAAUAUGUUGUGCAGCCCUGGUGUUUACAUAAUCUGAGAUAGUCUUGAGGUGCUUGAUAGGUGCCUAAAUUGUAGAAUACAUCUGAAAACAGCUCUGUUAACGUCCUGAAUUCAGUGCGUUUGUACGUUUGCUGAGCACAUUGUCUUGUAUCUGAAGUGAGAUGGCUUAAAACAUAUUCCUUAACUCUGCAUAAUACACCCCCAGUACAAAUGGAGAUGUUGGAAGUGAGGUAAAUUAAAGCAUUCAGUCAUUUUAACACCUACUUCUGCUGUAAAACACACAAACUGUGA